UUCAAAAUAGAGUUUCAUUUGUUGGCGAUGAUAGUAGGAGAACCAAGUUGCAUGAUGAUAUAGUGGCCGGGUUGUCUAAGAUGCUCAACGAAUAUAACGUGUUAGUUCAAUCUUUUCGUCUUGCUAAAGAGAAAAUAGAUACGAGUAAUACCCCUGAUGUCAGGCUAAAGUUAAUUGGGAAACGCUAUGGUGAUGCGAGAACAUAUAAUUUGCCAUCUGUUUCUGAGGUCGCGGCAUUGGUAGUUGGAGAUUUUGACGAAUCUUUGGGUGAGAGGGAUAUAUUGGUUGAAACUCAAUCUGGUGCACUCCAAAGGAUAAAUGAAUUGAAUCCGGCCUAUUUUGGUUUGCAAUAUCCAUUAUUGUUCUCUUACGGAAAAGAUGGAUAUCGUGAGGAUACGUUGUUGUCUAAGGGUGGUAAUAUUGUUGGAGGAGGUAGACAAAGAGUGAGUGUGAGAGAGUUUCUUGCCUUUCGUGUUCAGGAAAGGUGUGAUAACCACUCUUCAAUGUUGAAGACUAAAAGGCUUUUUCAACAAUUCAUUGUUGACGGUUAUACUUUGGUUGAGUCCGCGAGGUUGAGGUUUGUUAGGACACAUCAAAAGCAGCUUCGUUGUGAAAUGUAUAAAGGUUUGACUGAUGCUUUUUUAUGUAGAGAGAGUGAUUCCCGUACACAGGGUAAGAGGAUUGUAUUGCCUCUUACUUUUACUAGAGGAG